CCCAGCAUGCUGUGUCGCAUGCGUAAGAUGGCGCCUUAGGUGAAGUACGGCAUUGCUACGAAACCGAUAACAAGUGGGCCCAGAUCUGAACACUGCUUUGGUGAGGCUGUGAGAAGAGGAUCAGUCACUUGUAAAAUGGCAGGGGAGCUGCCAGAUAAGAGGGAACAACGGGAUGGAUCUCCCUCUAAGGAGCGUAAGAGGUCCAGGUCAAGAUCUGCUGAGAGGGAUCGCGAUAGGAAAGCCUCACCAUCUAAGGAUAGGAAGAGACAUCAUGCCCGUGAGAGAAGGCGAUCUCGCAGUCGCUCUCGUUCACGUUCCAAAUCUAACGAGAGGGAUAGAAGGCAGAAAGAUCGAAAGAAGGAUUCUCAUCGCCGGGAUAAGGACAGGAAGCGAUCAAGGAGCACAUCUCCAAAUCGAGGGAAAGAUGUAAAACUAAAAAAAGAGAUAAAGAAGGAAUCGGAGGAAGAAAACCAGAAUGAAAAGAAGCUAAAGGCGCAGCCCUUGUCUCUGGAAGAGUUGUUGGCAAAAAAGAAAAAAGAGGAGGCGGCUGAAGCUAAGCCCAAAUUCCUUUCCAAAGCAGAGAGAGAGGCUGAGGCUAUGAAACGAAGAAAAAUGGAGGUGGAAGGGAAACAAAAAUUAAUAGAAGAAGAAAGGAAAAAGAGGAAACAGUUCCAGGAGAUCGGCAGAAGGAUGUUAGAGGAUCCCCAAGAAAGGGAGCGGCGAGAGCGCAGAGAGAGGAUAGAGCGUGAGAACAAUGGUAAUGAAGAGGAUGAGGGAAGAGUAAAAGUCAGAGAAGAGAAAGAUAAAACCAAAGAAUUACAAGCAAUUAAGGAGCGCUACCUGGGGGGUAUAAAGAAGAGGAGACGCACUAGACAUUUAAAUGAUAGGAAAUUUGUGUUUGAAUGGGAUGCUUCAGAAGAUACGUCAAUUGACUAUAAUCCAUUGUAUAAGGAGAGACACCAUGUUCAGCUACUCGGCCGUGGUUUCAUUGCAGGCAUAGACCUGAAGCAACAGAAGCGUGAGCAAUCCCGUUUUUAUGGUGAUCUCAUGGAGAAGAGGAGGACUCUGGAGGAAAAAGAGCAAGAGGAGGUGAGACUGCGUAAGGUGAGGAAGAAGGAAGCCAAGCAGAGAUGGGAUGAUAGACAUUGGUCUCAGAAGAAAUUAGAUGAAAUGACUGACCGAGACUGGCGUAUUUUCCGGGAGGACUACAGUAUUACCACCAAAGGUGGAAAGAUUCCCAACCCUAUCCGCUCCUGGGCCGACUCCUCUCUGCCCCCACAUAUUCAAGAAGUUAUUGACAAAUGUGGAUACAAGGAACCAACGCCCAUCCAGCGGCAAGCCAUUCCUAUUGGUUUACAGAACCGUGACAUUAUUGGCGUGGCAGAAACCGGUAGUGGUAAGACUGCUGCCUUCCUUAUUCCUCUCUUGGUCUGGAUCACAACUUUGCCUAAGAUUGACAGGAUUGAAGAAUCUGAUCAAGGACCUUAUGCCAUCAUCUUGGCCCCAACUAGAGAGUUGGCCCAACAAAUUGAGGAGGAGACGAUUAAGUUCGGAAAACCAUUGGGAAUUCGCACAGUGGCAGUUAUUGGAGGUAUCUCUCGUGAGGAUCAAGGUUUCCGUCUGAGAAUGGGAUGCGAGAUUGUGAUUGCUACCCCUGGACGUUUGAUAGAUGUACUGGAAAAUCGAUAUUUAGUACUGAGUCGCUGUACUUACGUGGUACUGGAUGAAGCUGAUCGUAUGAUUGAUAUGGGUUUCGAGCCAGAUGUUCAGAAGAUCUUAGAGCACAUGCCAGUCACCAACCAGAAGCCUGAUACAGAUGAGGCAGAGGACCCAGAGAAAAUGAUGGCCAACUUUGAAUCCGGGAAACACAAGUAUAGACAAACUGUCAUGUUUACAGCGACAAUGCCUCCUGCUGUUGAACGUUUGGCAAGGAGCUAUCUACGCCGUCCUGCAGUGGUGUACAUUGGUUCUGCUGGCAAACCUCAUGAGAGAGUGGAACAGAAAGUGUUCCUUAUGUCUGAAGGAGAGAAAAGGAAGAAGUUGCUUAAUAUUCUGGAGAAAGGCUUUGAUCCACCAAUUAUUAUCUUUGUCAACCAGAAGAAGGGCUGUGAUGUGCUGGCUAAGUCACUUGAAAAAAUGGGGUACAAUGCUUGUACACUGCACGGCGGCAAAGGUCAAGAACAGAGAGAGUUCGCUCUAUCUAACCUUAAGGCUGGAGCUAAGGAUAUUCUGGUAGCCACAGACGUGGCUGGUCGAGGUAUUGAUAUCCAUGAUGUCUCCACAGUGGUUAAUUAUGAUAUGGCCAAGAACAUUGAAGAUUAUAUCCAUCGUAUUGGAAGAACUGGUAGAGCUGGCAAGAGUGGUGUUGCUAUAACUUUCCUGACCAAAGAAGACGCUUCCGUGUUCUAUGAUCUCAAGCAGGCCAUCUUGGAAAGUCCAGUGUCGUCCUGUCCGCCAGAGCUGGCCAAUCAUCCGGAGGCACAGCACAAACCUGGUACCAUUCUUACCAAGAAGAGGAGGGAAGAAACCAUCUUUGCUUGAGCUCUGCAGUGAGCCACUUUAGAAAGUACUCUAUAAACUGUGAUGAAUAUAAAUGUGCCCAGUGAUUAGCCUUACUUUCUAGUUGGAGGAAGUUGGCAUUUUUUUUAAGAUCAAGGACACAAGCAUCUGUGGCUGACCUAUUUAUUUGGAUGCAAAACUGGUACAGCAAUAAUACUUUGCUAUAAAUGGGUUUCUAAGAAUCUUUAACAAGUCAAUGACUCAAGACUUUGUAAGUUCUUACACAAACAUGAUGGUUUGUAAAGGAAAAUCAAAUUCAAUUGUAAUGCUCUUUAUGACGGAACGUGUUUGACCAUUUUCAGCAUGACAUAGGUGAACUGAAUAUAUAAAUCAUAAAGGCUCUCUAGCACCAACUUAUACUAGUAAUGCAGGUUCCAGAAUAACAGCACGUUACUAGUUAAGCUUCAUGUAUGUGACUUUGCAAAGUUUUUUUGUCAAUGUCCUUUUAAAAAGAGAUGUUAAUAUUAUUCAGUGUUUGGUUAGGGUGAAGCAUAGCCUGAGAUAAUAACUGAAAUGAUGGAGAUUGGUACAUAAGUGUACAGUUUCUUAAGAAAAGAACACAGAUGGACAACCUGUAGUAGUAAAGUUGUAUUAUAUAUUGUACAGUUAUUUGUCAGCUGUUGUGAUCCAGCUCUUGUAAUCUCAAUGCUUUUGUUUUCUAGUUUUAAUGUCAUUUUUCUAAAUCUGGCCUUUUAAAGGGACACAAAACCCAAAAUGUUUAUUUCAUGAUUCAUACAGAGUGCACAAUUCUGAACUUGACACUUUACUUCUAUUAUGAAAUUUGCUUCCUUCUCCUGGUAUCCUUUUUAUGGAGGAGUAGCAAUGCACUACUGGGAGCUAGCUGACCACAAGAAGCAUAUAUGUGCAGCUACCAAUCAGGUCACUCCCAGCAGUGCAUUGUUCCUGACCCUACCUAGGUAUGCUUUUCAACAAAGAAUGACAAACACAAAGCAAAUUGGAUAUUGAACAUUUGGAAGUUGUUUAAAACUGAAUGCUCUGUCUGAAUCAGAAAUGUUUACGUCUAGAAGAAAAUGAACAACAUCAUCUUUUAAUGAAUAUCUACUUUAUAUGUGGUAAAUAAAAAAAAAAUUAUUUGAAAAUCCAAAUGUGCAAAAUUGGAUUUUAACUUCCCUUUUUUUGUCUUUGUAAAUACAUUUGUUUACUUUUUUUUUUUUUUUUAUCACAGACCUCUGAUGAUUUGAAAUAAACAUCGAGUAAUGUAAA